UCGACAACCAAAGAAUCAGCCACUAACUACUGGCCAUAGAAAAUAAGAAAUAAAGAAAAUCAUUUCAUUUUGCAGUCUACAAUCAUAUCCUGUUUGAGCACUCCAAUUCUUCGAAGUUUGGAUCUGUACAAAUGGCGGACGCUGCUGUAAGGUUUGUAUUGGGCCAACUAUCAACGUUGACCCGUGAAGAGUACUCGCUCUUGGGAGGGAUUGGAGAUGAUGCGCAAGACGUCAAGAAUGCUUUCGAUCGUUUGACUGCGGUUUUGAGAGUUGCGGACGAGAGGGAAGAAAUUGAUCCUCAAGUUAAAGCUUGGGUGAAGAUAGUCCGGGAGCUGGCUUAUGACGCCGAAGAUGUUCUUGACGAAUUCUUGUUCCGCUUUGGAGGUGACCGGACGGGUGGAGGAUUCUAUGCUAAAAUUAAGAACAUAUACACUUCCGUCAACAACUUGAGAGCUCGGCGAAGGCUUGGUCUUCAACUGCGAAGGAUCAAGGCCAGAGUGAACAACAUCUCUCAGGAACAGCCAAAGUUGUUAACAACCUCCGAUCACACUGUCUACAGCUACAACAAAUGGUGGUAUGAUAGCCGAGGGGAUGCCCUUUUGCUAGAAGAGUCGGAUCUGGUAGGUAUUGAAAAUCCCAAGCAUUUUCUUGUUAGUCUCCUGCUUGAUGUUGAUGAUAAUUUGAGGAUUUAUUCUGUAGUAGGCAUGGGGGGUUUGGGAAAGACUACUUUGGUUAAAAAGGCUUAUGAUGAUGCACAAGUGAUAAAUCACUUUCAGUAUCGUGUGUGGAUUACGAUUUCUGAAACUUUUAAGAUUGAGGAGUUGCUGAAAGAUGCAAUUAAGCAACUAGUGGAGCAAACUAAGCAAAAGCCCACUCAAGAUUUUGAAGCCAUGGACUCAAAUAAACUGAAAGAAUUCAUUAAGAACAUUCUUUCAAGCCAAAGAUACAUCAUUGUUCUUGAUGACAUUUGGCACAUUAAUGUUUGGAUGGCUAUCAAAUAUUCUUUUCCUAGGCAGAGUUUUGGUAGUCGUAUAGUUAUCACAACAAGGAAUAGUGAAAUUGGUGCUUCCACAUGCCGCGAAACCCACGGCGGCGUUGUCUACCCUUUAGAGCCAUUGUCCUUUGAAUAUUCAUGGACUUUGUUUUGUAGAAAGACAUUCUUAAGUGAUUUGUGCCCUCAGCACUUGGUGAACAUUGCUAAGAAUAUCUUAAAGAGAUGCAAUGGUCUACCCCUAGCGAUCGUGGUGAUAGCUGGGGUUUUGGCUUCAAAGAAUGACAACAUUGCAGAAUGGGAAAGAUUCCAGCACAGUCUCAACAUCCAAAUGGAAAGCAAUGACUGGAUGAAGAGCAUGAAGAAUUUACUUUCUCUCAGUUACUAUGAUCUACCAUAUUAUCUUAAGUAUUGUUUUUUAUACUUGAGCAUCUUUGCUGAAGAUGUCAUCAUCAACAAAAACAUAGUGAUUCGACUAUGGAUAGCAGAAGGAUUUGUUAGAGAGAACAACCAACAACAAGAAAAAGAAGAAGUUGCUGAAGGUUAUCUGAAUGAAUUACUUCAUCGAAACUUAAUCAUACUUGCAGAUAAGGAUGAAGUGGGAAGGAUCAGGGGAUUUCGAGUGCAUGAUAUUUUGCGAGAAGUUAUUCUUUCCAAGUCAGUAGAGCAAAACUUUACAAUCAUUGCCACAGGACAAAACACAGAACCUUCCAACAAGUUUCGACGCUUAGCAAUCCAUAGGUUUGAUGACCACAUUCUAAGGUACACUUCAUCAAAAAUGCAUCUUCGAUCCUUACAAUUCUUUGAACCACUUUCAAGCUCGGCGUCAUCUUUAUUGUCAAAGAUGUUUACUGCCAAAUAUAUUCCUCUAAAAGUUUUGGAUUUAAGGGGUGCUAAACUAGAGGAAAUUCCAGAGGAAGUUUUUAAUUUGUUUCAAUUGAAGUACUUGAGUUUGAGAAGAACAAAGUUGAGAAGUGUUUCUAAAUCUAUAGGACGUCUUCAAAACUUAGAGACACUUGAUUUGAAGCACACUAAUGUGGUUGAGUUGCCAACUGAGCUCUUAAAACUUUGUAAAGUCCGACAUCUCCUUGUGUACUGUUACCCAGGUAAUUGGAUAAAUCCUUGGGUUAGUUCGCAAAGCUUUAAUGCUCCAUUUAAGAUUGGGGAAUUACUAUUUUUACAAAAGUUGUGUUAUAUACAAGCAAAUGAUACUCUUGGCAUCAAAAUAGUGUCUGAGAUCGGAAAGCUAACACAACUAAGAAGACUAGGAGUUACAAAGUUGAGACAAGAAGAUGGCAAAGAAUUAUUUUUGUCCUUGGAAAAGUUGACUAAUCUUUGCGCUUUAGAUCUUAUGUCAGCUUCAGAAGAUGAUAUCCUUGAUAUCCAAUAUCCUCUAUGUAGGGUUCCUCAUAGUCUUCAAAGGUUAUAUUUAAGAGGGCGUCUGGAGAGGGUACCUCAAUGGUUAUCCUCACUUGUUGGCUUAACCACUCUACUCUUGCAAUGGAAUAGACUUGCUGAAGAUCCAUUACCGUUUCUCCAAGAUCUGCCCAUGUUAGCAUAUCUUAGACUUUCAAAGUCUUAUGAAGGGGAAAGAUUGUGCUUCAAGGCCAAAAAGUUCUCAAAGCUCAAGCAUCUGCUUAUUAUGGACUUUGAGGCACUGAAAUGGAUAAGAAUUGAGGAAGGUGCAUUACAUCAUCUGGAACAAUUUUACCUGAAAAAAUGCAAAUUGCUUGAGCAGGUGCCGCUAGGUAUUCAACAUUUGUCUAAUCUUAAGAGAAUUAUUAUUCGUGAUAUGGCUGACCAAUUGAUGACAACUUUAAAGCCAAAUGGUGAAAACUAUGCAAAGAUAUCUCACAUUCCAGAAAUUUAUAUUUCCCAAAUCAUAGAUGGUGAGAGGAAGGUUUUUUCUUAUUAAUGGGUGAUUGCGAAAUUUAGUAUGCGCGAACACGUAUAUCUAUACUUUUUGUGUGUGUUUUUUUUUUUUCAUUUAAUUGUUUUUCAGAACAAUUAGAAGUUUUUAUUAUGAUGGAUAGAUCUUGUAAUAGGUAAAUUAAUUGAUUUUAGAUUGUCAUAUAUUAUGAUUUUAGUGUUAUUGUCUAAUACGGCACUUUGUGGCUAGGUUGGUGCAUGACCUCUAAAGGCGAGAAUGUAAUUAGACUUUUUGUAAGUACGAUAUGUCACACAAUAUAAAUUGAGAAUGUUUUCUAAA